UACAGCCAAUGGGAGGCAAGAAUGAAAGCACCAUUGCACAUGGAUUCCAAAAACGAGAAUAGUCUCUAGCGUCAAUGUAACUUGCUUCGCGGAUAUUACAGCCUCUGAAAGUGUUGCUGAACAGUUGGAUUCGAAGUGAGGUGUAACUGAUAGACAUAUGAAAGACCCUUAAAAUUGAAGAAGGUACAUCAUCCUACACCUGCACAUUGAUCAACCAGUGACAACUGUGAUGGAGAAACCACUGAUUCAGACACAGGCUUCUACGCUACCUUUCUUUGACACCGCCCAUGCCUUCAACCUACUACGAGGAAUUCAUGAGCUACGGGCGGAGCGCAAGUUCUUUGAUGUGACAUUAUGUGCCGAAGGCCGAGAAUUUCAUUGCCACCGAACAGUUCUUGCUGCUGCCAGCACAUAUUUCCGUGCCAUGUUUGCAGGAACACUCCGUGAGAGUGCCAUGGACCGUGUGGUUCUUUAUGAAGUUUCAGCAGAGUUGCUAGGCCUACUGGUAGACUUUUGCUACACUGGUCGGGUCACCGUUACACAGGACAAUGUGGAUCUUCUUUUGAAAACGGCUGACCUCUUCCAGUUCCCAUCAGUAAAGGAAGCCUGUUGUGCUUUCCUGGAGCAAAAUUUAGAUGUAUCCAACUGCCUGGAGAUACAAGAUUUUGCAGAGGCCUAUGCCUGCCGUGAUCUUGCUACUAGUGCCCGUCGCUUUAUCCUCAAAAAUAUUGUUGAGUUGGCCAAGGCCAAAGACUUUGAGCGAUUGCCCUGGAAGCGUCUGCUUGAGUUUAUGUCAGACGAUGGACUGUGUGUGGACAAAGAGGAGACAGCAUACCAGAUAGCAGUACGCUGGGUAAAGGGUGACCUACAGCGACGACUUCACUACUGGCCUGAGCUUUUGCAACAGGUGCGGCUACCGUUUGUGCGACGCUUCUACUUGCUGGCCCAUGUAGAAAGUGACCCAUUGGUCUAUCUCUCGCCAUCAUGCCUAAGGCUGGUCAGCGAGGCACGCAGUUUCCAGUCUUGUGACUAUGACCGACAUGACUUUCCCUGCCAUCGCAUGCACCCGCGCCCGUCCACAGGCCUGGCGGAGAUCCUGGUGGUGAUCGGAGGCUGUGAUCAGGACUGCGACGAACUGGUGACCGUUGACUGCUACAACCCACAGACAGGCCAGUGGAGGUAUCUAGCAGAGUUUCCUGACCAUCUAGGUGGAGGAUACAGCAUUGCUGCUCUGGGGAACGAUAUGUAUGUGACAGGUGGCUCAGACGGUUCGCGUCUUUACGACGGAGUAUGGCGCUACAACUCGAGUGUGAAUGAGUGGACUGAAGUGUCGCCCAUGCUGAAGCCAAGGGAGUACCACAGCUCCUGUGUACUCAAGGGCCAGCUGUACGUGGUGGCGUCUGACAGCACUGAGCGCUAUGACCAUGCUUUGGACUGUUGGGAAUCCCUUGCACCGAUGCCAAAUCCUAUGGACAACUGUUCUACCACCACCUGCCGAGGGCACCUCUAUGCUAUUGGUUCCCUCACUGGGCAGGACGCUAUGGCCAUUCAGUGCUACAAUGCAGACACCAACCACUGGUCACUUGUCAAUGGUGGCCAACUGCCGCCAUGGUCCUUUGCUCCUAAGACUGUUACCCUCAAUGGCCUCAUUUAUUUUGUGAGAGAUGACUCGGCUGAGGUUGAUGUCUACAAUCCUCUGAAGAACGAAUGGGACAAAAUAGAGUCAAUGACUCAGGUCCAUGUGGGAGGCAGUGUGGCCGCUCUAGGGGGCCGUUUAUAUGUAUCAGGUGGCUAUGAUAGCACCUUUGAACUGUCCGAUGUUGUGGAGGCAUAUAACCCUGAAACGCGCACGUGGAGCAUUAUCGGCCGGUUACCGCAGCCCACCUUCUGGCACGGCAGUGUCAGCAUCUUCCGCCAGUUCAUGCCUCAAGCACAAAACGCGUUUGAGCCGCUGGAACCCCCCGAGAUCAACGCUGUCCGUCUCCAUCGGCUUCAUCGUCACCAGGCGAUCCACAAUCACAAUCUCAACCGCCACCACGAUGUCAAUCAUGCCCACUGAGGCACACGCUGCUCCCACAGCUCCGGCAAAGUUUUGGGAUAGCUAAUGUCAUGUUUACUGUGAUUUAUGAGUGAGUGUGCUGUAUUUUACACAAUUGUACUUUGAAAAGAAGAGUGUUGUCCUUUCCAAAAUUGCUGCAGUUUGUGCACAAAAGUAGUUGUUGAAUGUCUGUUGCAUGCAAUAAUAAGUAUCCAGCAGGCUGGGA